AUGGCUUGUCACAGAGAUGAAGAUGACUACGAACCAGACCAAGCUCUAGAUGGGGAUGAAGAAGAGGAACAUGAGGAGGAGCAGGGAGGACAAAGAUCCAAACAGAAGCGGAGGAGAUCGGAUUUCAUAGACGACGAUGAGGCUUAUGAUGGUGGUGUGAGUCGUAAGCGGAGGAAUAAGAGGCCUAUUGGGUCAAAGUUUCUUGAUAUCGAGGCUGAGGUCGAUAACGAUAAGGAGGAGGAAGAGGAAGAUGAGGGCGAGGACGACUUCAUUGUUGAUACUGGAACUGAUCUCCCGAAGAAGAACAUGGUGGUAGAAGGAUGCAUCGUCAUCGUCCAUUGCAGCCGCAAGAAGAUGAGCAAGAAGAAGAUGUUGAAGCGCUUGAGAGAAGAAUUCAAGCGCGAAUACGACGAGGAGGAGACAACUGAUCUGGUGGUGAAUCAGCAAGCUCUUUUACCUUGUGUUAGGGACCCGAAGUUGUGGAUGGUAAAAUGCGCGAUCGGUCGUGAGCGAGAAGCAGUUGUUUGCUUAAUGCAAAAGUAUAUUGAUAAACCUAAACUGAACAUCAAGUCUGUUGUUGCCCUAGACCACCUCAAAAACUUUAUAUACAUUGAAGCCGACAACGAAGCCCAUGUGAGGGAGGCUUGCAAAGGUCUGCGCAAUAUACUUGCCCUACAUAAGUUAAACCGUGUUCCGAUCGGAGAAAUGACUGACGUUCUUUCAGUUGAAAGCAAGGCAAUUGAUGUUUCUAGGGGUACAUGGGUCAGAAUGAAGAUGGGGACCUAUAAAGGAGACCUUGCCAAGGUUGUGGGUGUCGAUGAUGUGCGGCAGAGAGUCAGGGUAAAGUUAAUUCCAAGGAUUGAUUUACAAGCUAUUGCGAAUAAACUGGAGGCAGACAAGUUGUGA